UUUCCAGAGAGCAUGGCUCCCAAUACACCCCAUGCUGUCGUCCAUGACGGCCAUUUCCAACAAGUGACGACGCCCGCGUCCUUUGAUGUGGCGCCGAAGACGAAGGAGGCCCCAAAAGCCUCGCUCGUCCGGCUCAGUGCGCAUUGGCUCGUCGGCCUCUUGCUCGCGCUCUCGUUCUGGCCGCCGUCGACGUUCACGGACAAGAUUUCCAACAAGUUUGAUCCGUUCCUGAAGCGCCUUUGGGGCAUUGACCCCAAGGUCAAGGGCUCGGGCCACUCGGAGAUGACCAACUACACGUACUUCUUCUUUGGCAACAUCUUGCCCAUCUUUGUGGCGUUUUUGCUUGUGCGCUUGGUGACCAAGGGCGCACCGGCGCCGAUCCCGAGCCUCUCGCACUGGCUCAAGCGCAAGCCGCGCUUCCUUGGCUCACUCGUCAGCUACGGCGAGAUUCUCUUCCUCGCGAUCGUCAUCUUCGGCAACGUCAUCGUCUUCAUGGGCUUUUACAACCUCAAGGUCGGCCCCAAGUCGACGUACGCGAGCAAGAUCCGUGUCUCGGCCAAGUCGCUCGGCUUCUCGAGCUUGUGGAACAUGGUCUGGCUCGCGCUCCCCGCGUCGCGCCACUGCUUUUGGAUGGAGUGGCUCAACAUCCCGUACGCCCACGGCAUCAAGUACCACCGCUGGCUCGGUAUUGCGACUGUCUUUACGAUGGUGCUGCACGUUGGCUUUUACAUUGGCGCGUACGCCCUCAGCGACGAACUGAUCAAGCUUUUGCCGUGCUUUGACUGCAACCUUGCCACCAAGCCCGGCAAGGAGCGCUGGAUCAACGCGUUUGGCUGGCUCGGCACGUUUUGCAUGCUUAUCAUCAUGGCAACCUCGAUCUCGUACGUGCGCCGGCGCUACUACAACGUCUUUUACGUCACGCACUUUCUCUUCAUCCCGACGACGCUCUUUUCGAUUAUGCACUGGGGUGGCAUGGUCAUCUGGCUCUUUGCCGCCAUCGUGCUCUACAUUGGCAACCGCAUGAUGUCGUCGGCCACGAUCUCGGCGCCCGUUGUCGUCCGCAAGGCCAUCUCGUACCCGCACCAGGUCACCGAGCUCGUCGUCGAGUGCGAGACGCACUACCAAGCCGGCGACGUCGUCUACCUCAAGGUCCCGGCCGUCUCCAAGACGCAGUGGCACCCGUUCAGUGUCGCGUCGACGCCGCUGCAUACGCCUGGCAUGAUGACGAUUUACCUCAAGAACCUCGGGCGCUGGUCGAGCCAAGUGUUCGAGUACGUCCGUCAGUGCAACACCGCCGGUGUCGACCCUAUCAUCUACAUGGAUGGCGGGUACCCGUCGCCCGCGCUCGUCUCGUCGUCGUUUGAGAAGGCUGUUUUCAUCGGCGGUGGCAUCGGUGUCACCCCGCUCAUGGCCCAGAUCAUGCACAUUCUGCACACGGAUGCGCACCAGCAUGUGCAUUUGAUCUGGCACGUGCGCGACGUCCACAUGAUGGUGCAGUUCCAGCAGUGGUUCCACGAAGCGACCGCGCUGGCCGACCCGGCGCGCCUCCACUUGCAUUUGUAUGUGACGCAGCCGCCGACCGCGGUCAUGACGAUCCAGGACAUGCCGAUGACGUCGAUGGUUGCGUUUGACCUCAAGGCCUCUUCGAUCCCGGCGCGCCCGUACGCCAACAUUUCCGUGACCCGCCAGGUGCUCCUCAUGACGGUGGCAUUUUUCUGUGCUGGCGGUCUUCUCGUUGCCGUGCACUUCAAGAACAACUCGAUCGAAGGCGCGUACCCCUCGUACUGGCCGCUCCAGCGUGCGGUCGAGUUCCUCGCCGUUGUCGUCGGCGCCUACUGGGCGUACGUCGUCAUCUUGAUCAAGCCGUACAAGCCCAUGUCGACGGCCAUGGCCAAGACGCCGUUGGACAACAAGGCCUCGGAGGUUAUGACGAUCGACGCGUUUGUGACACACUACAAGGUGCAGUACUGCCGCGCCGACUGGCCGUCGCUCUGGGCGCAAAUUACGAGCGGCGUUCAGAAGACACUGACGCCCAAGAUCGGCGUCUAUGUCUCGGGCCCCAAGACGCUGUCGCGCGCCGUCGAUGCGAUGGCCAACUCGACGCUCUUCGAUGUCCACCACGAAGAGUUUGAGAUGUAGAGGCAGUGGUAAUAGCAAUGCAAAUGUAUACAAUGUGUGAUGUA